AUGCCGCCGCGCAAUAGAAAGAAAGCACCUGCACCUUUGGGGGCUGAGGACAGCCAGUCAGCCCAUGCUGCGGUCGCCUCAAACCCUCCUGAAGUCGCAUCGCGGGGUCCAAGGAGAUCGUCACGUCGCUCUGGCAGAUCCCCCAUGACUAGGGAGAAGGGCGCUAGCAACACGACAAAUCAAGACCAGGUCGACACAAUGGAUGUUAGUGAGGCAUCGUUAUCCACAGCGCCGGUAGAGCAUGUCGCAAAACAACUAGAGAAUGAAGAUUCAGACGCUGCCAAAGCCCUACGGCGCCUGGGAGAAAUGGAGACGUCCUUCAAGAAGGACAUCAAGAGGCGGAGGUUGCAGAUCGAGGAGAGCAUGGUCGAAGAUGCAGGUGCCAACCGGUCAGCGCCAGCAAUGAGGUCCCGAGUGGUCCGGAGUGCAAGCGAUGUUGUCCACUUGGAUCAUGUCCUGCUCACCCCGGACGAGGAAAAGGAGCAUGCAUGGGAGCCUCCAGUAGGCGGAGAAAGUGUAGCGGACGAUGAGCCCCUAGAAGUCGUCAAGGGAGCCAACCGCCCACCUGCCGUCAACAGUGACUACCUCCCACUUCCAUGGAGAGGUCGAUUAGGCUAUGCUUGCCUGAACACGUACUUACGCGCCGCCAAACCUCCAGUCUUCAGUUCCAGGACGUGCCGCAUAGCAUCGAUCCUGGAACAUCGGCAUCCCUUGGCAGACCCAUCGCAGCCUGAACAUCCUACCAAAAAUCGCCCAGACAGGACCAAGAAGGCAGAGAUAUCUCGAGGCCAAAGGUAUGUAGAGAAUCUCGGCCUGGCCAAUGCGAAGGAUAUCGUCAAAAUGCUUCAGUGGAACGAAAAGUUUGGCAUCAAAUUCAUGAGACUGAGCUCAGAAAUGUUUCCAUUCGCGAGUCACGAGGAAUAUGGGUACAAGCUAGCGCCAUUCGCAUCUGUGGCUCUCGCCGACGCUGGCAAAAUCGCGGCGGACUUCGGGCACCGUCUCACAACUCAUCCUGGGCAGCUCGGGUCACCCAGAAAGCAGGUUGUAACCAAUGCAAUUCGAGAUCUCGAAUACCAUGAUGAGCUGCUGUCACUCCUAAAAUUGCCCCCUCAGCAGGAUCGGGAUGCUAUUAUGAUUCUUCACAUGGGAGGGACAUUUCCUGAUGCAGGUGGCAAGCCAGCCACCCUUGAUCGCUUUCGCCAAAACUACGCCUCUCUCUCUGAAUCGAUCAAACGUCGCCUUGUCCUGGAGAAUGAUGAUGUGUCGUGGUCAGUCCACGACCUGCUACCUAUCUGUGAGGAGCUCAAUAUCCCCAUGGUCCUCGACUAUCACCACCACAACAUAGUAUUUGAUGCCGACCAAAUCAGAGAGGGCACAUAUGAUAUCUCACAACCGGAGAUAAUGGAGCGCAUCACAAGGACCUGGACGAGAAAGGGAAUCAAACAGAAGAUGCAUUACUCCGAGCCAUGUUACGGUGCCGUCACACCCCGUGAUCGGAGAAAACACAGCCCUCGCGUGGCGACGUUACCGCCGUGCCCUCCCGAUACGGACCUCAUGAUCGAGGCCAAGGAUAAGGAACAAGCUGUGUUUGAGCUCAUGCGCAGAUUCAAAUUGCCUGGCUUCGACAAGGUGGCCGACAUGGUGGCACAUGAGCGUGGUGACCAAGAUAGACCACCGGAGAAGGUCAAAAAGACCAAGAAGCCGUCGUCGCGGAAGAAGAAGAGGAAGGCCAGCGAAGAUACCCCUGGAGAUACCGACGGGGCCUGCAAUAUUGGUGAGGCUGAUUUUGCAGCAAAGACUCCUGCUCCUGACCCUGGCUUGACGGUGACUCCUGAGGAAUUCGGAAUGGGUGGGCCUCUCGGCAGGGUAUAUUGGCCUAUCGGAUUUGAGGACUGGUUGUUUCCCAAAAAGAGGGAGAAGAAGGUGAAGGUUGAAGAUGGCAAAGCUUAA